CAAAGUAGAGUUAGUGGUUGCCCAUAUUGAUUUUUGUCAAAGUAAACCCUUACAGUAGUGGCAGUCUCGUAAAUAAGUACCAAAACCCAUGUCAUUUUGUUAGCCCACACCACUUAUAAGUCCUAAACCACAGCUGUUUGUCUUAGUUGUCUUGUCCAGUAAGAGAGAGCGCUCUGAAGAGAAAGAAGAACAUCGAAAGAGAAAAGGCUUUUCGAGUCUUCAGAAAUUCAAAGCCGAAAGAGAAAAGAAGAAAGAAAAGCUCAAUCUCGAUAACAAUGGCGAGGUUUUGGUCAGUGGGGAUCAUCGUGAUCUGCGCCAUAAUCGUGGUGGUGAGCUCGCUGUCGGCGACCGUGGAAGCCGGCGGAGGAGGCGAAUUCAUCGGUUGGAUCCGAUCGAAGGGAGGCUGCGAUGGCUCCAUAGCGGAGUGCUUAGCUGAUGAAGAGGAGUUCGAGUUGGACUCGGAGAGCAAUAGGCGCAUCUUAGCCACCAAAAAGUACGUCAGCUACGGUGCGCUGCAGAGGAACACUGUGCCUUGCUCUCGCCGUGGAGCUUCCUACUACAAUUGCAAGCCUGGGGCUCAGUCCAAUCCUUACAACCGCGGCUGCUCUUCCAUUUCGAGGUGCAGGAGUUAAUUCUCCUCUCUUUUUUUUUUCUAUAAAAAAAAUUAAUAAUUAUUUUUUUUUCUUUUUGGGUUAUGGAAAUGGGUUUGAUUGUUAUACUUUAACAAAAGAAAAGGAGGAGAGUGUUAAUGGGGGCAUUGUUGUUAUUGUUCAUGGAAAUACUCUAUAGUUAAUAUUUCGAAUUUUCUGUAAAA